GGGAACGAGUUACAAUUAGGUCACAAAAUGGCGACGCGAUGCGAGUUGCGAGUGGCGUAAACUCUCCAGUUCCACUGCUUCCACUAGAUGAUGUACAUACUUGUACAACACUCAUAUGUCUGUAUUUUUUGGAACGAUUGAUGUUUCUCAUUGCUCGUUUUACACAGCGUCAAGUGUGAUGCAUCUCCAAAUGUUCAUCAGAGCAGCCAUCUUGGUUACGUUGGUUGCCUUAGCAGCCAGUCUAGACUGUAGCUAUGAUGACCAAGAAGGAUACAUCAUUGAUAUCCACAACUCGGAGAAAAAUGGAGCAAUUUUUAUGUCCGACGUGAACACUGUGACAAGAGAGAGCUGCCAGAAUGCUUGUUGUGAUGCAGAGGAAGUGACUCUGGAAGACGGCAGCAUAGCCUGGUGUAAUCUAGCUGUUUACCAUGACAAAAGCAGGGACAGGAAAUCCAAGAACUGCUUCCUUGUCUUCUGUCCAUCAGAGAAUUCCUGCCGACUGACAAAAGUGAAAGGUUUUACCUCCAGCUAUGUGACAGAAACGAUGGUCGAAGAGACAACUGACCCCGAGGCCUUUGCAAACAGACCUCCCAAUCCCAAGUUUUACCGCCCCGACCUACCCAUAAAUUUCCAUAAGUUAUUCAGGAGAAGUAACUCUGACAAGAAGACUGAGACUGAUGCUGGUGAUGCUGCAAAACAAACUAAGAUGGUCUUGGAAUCUGCCAAGAAGCUCUUGGAUGUUAAAGUAAUGCCUGCAGUCGAUGGGGAAGACAAGCAGAUGGCCGCCGAAGAAGAGAAUAUCCUGAGUGAAAUAGCCCAGGGCGCUCUCCAAAGCAUGGAAAAAAGGGCAAAGGGCUCCAAGAAUGACAUACCAUACCUCACCACACCGGUUGUUUAUGUAGAAACGACAAGCAAGCAACCACAGAAAACAGCAAGACCAACCACUUCCAAAGUAAAAAUCACUACUCAGAGGCCUACUGCUAAAAAGACAUCUACUCGUAUCUCCCAAACUGAAUCUCCAACACAGAAGACGACCUCUAUGAAACUGACAGAAGGAACUCGAACCAGCACACAACCAUCGACCAAGAAGCAAGAGACUAUCAAGCCAAUAAUAUCCUCUCACAGGCCCACAACGGCAGCUGCCACCAACCCAUCUACCUCCCCCUUACUUGCUAAAUUAACCACCUCUGGUAAUAAAACCCCUCUGGUAAUUACUAGUACCCCAUCAGGAACCCCUCGACCCACUUCACUUUCCCAGCCACAGGGUACCUCUCAGCACCCAGUAACCCUUACUGCAAGUACUAAGGGUCCCUCACCUGGAACCUCCAGUGCCAAAGCUCUAACAUCUCCUUCCUCCCUUGCAACUGCCCCUUCCACUAAGCCACCCUCGGGUAGCACAGCAGCGCAUUCUACCAGUAGCACCACCACCAAAUCAUUGGGAACAUUGGCGACUUCCAGUUCACCACCGUCAAAUGUUCAUAGCGUUACCACUGAGCCAUCAUCAACCCAAGAAACAACUCGGUCUUCCACACUUCUUCCCGAGAAUGAGUCCACUUUGUCUCCCAGUACUAAACAGUCAACUCCAAUUCCUGAUUCUACAUCUCCAUUUAAGACAACUCCGUCCAUACCUGCCAGCAUCUCCAUGGAUAAUCAAAGCUCUUCAUCCAUCCUGUUCAACGAGACCAAUAUUUCCGAUGACUUAGCCACGGAUGUUGAUUCUGAAGAUGGGCAAGAUUCCUCCGAAUACAGUGUUAAUGCCUCAAAUGGAGCCUUGAUAGCAGCAGUGUGCUUCGGUGUUAUCUUUCUCCUGGCUGUUAUGGUGGUCCUUGGUAAGCAUUGGUAUGAAGCAUACCAACGUAGACAUUACUCUAAAGUAGACUAUCUGAUCAAUGGAAUGUACAACUAAAUGACAUGAUCACAUGAGUUAAUCAUGAGGCAGCAAUACUAUGUUAAUAGCAAUAAUGAUAAAUAAUUUGGACUUGACAUGUUAAACUUAACUGUUGGUUUGAAAUUCACUUGAACACAUUUUUCUUUUCAUAAACUUACAUAAAGAAAUGUUUAACCAGCCAAAAAUCUUUCAAUGAUCAAUUUUCUUAACUUUAGUGUAGCUUCAUUAAAAUAAAAUACUUCACUUCAGAUUUCCAUUGCGCUUAUGAAAUUGUUUUCCUUUCCAUGUUUGCACAAGGAUGUGCAACUGGUGAGAAAUAGUGUUCGUGUUAAUUUCGCUAAAGGCAGACUUUAAGUAAGAUGAUUAACCAUGAUUAGAAAAACAUUUAUUGUCAUACCUCUGUCUUGAAUGCCCUAUUUUCAUUGGCCUAGAACGAUCACGUGUUAAAUGUAUAAAAAGUCAUGGCACACUCCUUGUGGGAUAUCACGCAUGUGAUAUCCCACAAGGAGUGUGCUAUGACUUUUGUACAUCUGGUGUGAAACGCUUGUAUCUUCGGUACCCAUCCUAUUUUCACCAUGUUUUCACACAUGAGUGGGAGCAGCAAACUAGCAGACGAUUAGCUGUUUCGAGCACGUUUCGAGCACGUGACAUGCAUGUGAGUUGGCGUUCGAUUGUCACGAUUGUUGUGUUUACUGCUGUUUGUUUUGAUUUUUACAUCAGAAUCCAAGACGGAGGUAUAAAGAAACAAUUAUUGACUGCUGUGAUGUGGGAUAUGACAUUUUUAACACCCUCGGGGCGCAUAGCACCCUCGGGUGUUCAAAACGUCAUAUCCCACAUCGCAGCGGUCAAUAAUUGCUAAAUAUCACUAAACAUUCCAUAUAUGGAUUAUUUUGAUAGAAUGGAAUACCAGAGACUUGUGUAUUUUUGUGACGUAUCUGAACUGUCAAAUAUGACAAUCGGUUCAGUAGAACAGUUUCACCUGGUCGUUUUGUUCUUGUUUUGUCAGACGUAGAGUCGGAGUAGAAUGUAGGGUUUAUCUAAAUAUUAAAAUGAUUGAUAUGUACUUCAGAAAGAUUUGUGUGUAUAUAUAUUAGCAGUAUUUAGUUAAGUAUUUACGUAAAUUCUUAAUGUUGCUAUUUUAUAGUGUGUAAAUUUUGUAGAAAAUUGACAUAUUGUAUGCCUUUUUUCAAAUUUUCUUUGUGGACAGUUUUAUUGUUUAGUACUUGACUUAUUUUAAUUUUCAUUAUUUAUUCUUGUAGUAUAUGGUCAUCUGACUUUGUCUGUUUGAGGUCACAUUCUUUUGUAUUCAUGUGGUGUUUAGACAAUAUAUUUUUCUUCAAAUUACUUGAUUUAAAUUUUAUAAGUGAUUUUGGAAUAAGGUCACAAAUUUCUAUAUUGCAUAAUGCAAGAUAUUCAAUAUUGAUAAAUAAGUGCAAUUAUGGAGUUAAAUUUUUAGGAAUCUGUGAAUAUAAAAUGAUUGCAAAAAUUGUUUAUUUACUUUACCAAAAAUCUGUAUUUCUUUAAAUGAAUUAAAUAUGGGAUUAGAAUGGUGUAGCAUUGGUGAAACUACCAAAUAAAUUUUAAAAAAACCUA